AUGCAAGACCAAGAUGAAGGCCUCAAAGCUAACAAAGAAAUAUUGAAGAAUGGUUCUUACCAAGAUUAUUGCAUCGAAAAUGAUUUGCUGUAUAAAGGAGAAUUGAAACAAUUGGUAAUACCAAAAACUUUGGAAAAAGAAAUAAUAAAAAGAACUCAUGGUAUUGGUCAUUUUUCAUGUAAGAAAAUGAAACAAAUCAUAAGUAACAGCUAUUACAUCAAUCAGUGGGAUAAGAAAUUACAAGACUUCAUGAAAACAUGCAUACCAUGCUUACUGGCAAAAAGAAAAUCUGGAAAACAAAAAGGAUUUUUACACCCUAUAGAAAAAAAAAGUAUGCCAUUACAUACUUUGCAUAUCGACCAUAUUGGGCCUCUAAUGGAAGCUAAAAAACAGUAUAAUUACAUUUUGACAAUGGUUGAUGCCUUCACCAAGUUUACAUGGAUAUUUCCAACAAAGUCCACAACCAAUAAGGAAACAUUGGACAAAUUAAAGAUUUUUCAACAACAUUUUGGCAACCCAGACAGAAUAAUAACUGACAAAGGUACCGCAUUUACAGUAAAUGAUUUUCGAGAGUUUUGCGAGACAGAAGGUAUACAACAUAUUUCUAUAACAACUGGAGUACCACGUGGAAAUGGACAGGUGGAACGUGUGCAUCGCAAGAUCAUCUCAGUUUUGACAAAGUUAUGCAGUGAAGACCCUUCCUUUUGGUAUAAGCAUGUAAAUCGAUUACAGAGAGCUUUGAACAGCACGUACCAUAGGACCAUUGAUACAACUUCAUUUACACUAACGAUUGGUACAAAGUUAAGACAAAAGGAAGAUUUGGAAAUAAUUCAAAUUUUACAGAGUGAAGAGGUUGAACAGUAUAACAGAAACAGAGAAGAUUUAAGAGUGAAAGCCAAACAUCACAUAUUGAAAGUACAAGAAGAAAAUAGAAGAAACUUAAAUAAGCAUAGAAAAGAAGGCUGCAAGUAUGAAAUAGGGGAUUUCGUAGCAAUCAAGCGCACUCAGUUUGGAGUAGGACUUAAGUUGCGACCUAAAUAA